AUGGCGUGGCUGGAGCUUGGAAAGAGAAUAUAUAUGAAUUUUACCAGAGCUUUGGCUACAACGUCAUGUAAGCAUGUGCGAGGGUCAAGUUUUACAUCUAUAUUUGCUGAACAAUCUGUUUAUGCUUCAGCAAGAUGCAUUCCUGAUUUCAUCAAUCGCUCUUUUCCUGGUGCGGCUGGUUUUUAUAUUGGGAGUAAAGAAAGUGGAACACGGUGCUUCCAUGCUAGCUCACAAGUCUGGGCAAGAAGUGACGCGGCAUAUGGAUUGAAGACCCCAAAGAAGGAGAAGUAUGUGAGAAAAGACAGUAGAAAUCAGCCUCCUGUUGAAGCUCCCUAUGUCCCUCGUAAUGUCACAUCAGCCAAAUCUAAUCCUGAUAAAACAAUAGAAAUAUUUGAAGGCAUGACCCUUGUUGAAUUGGCAAAGCGUUCUGGAAAAUCAGUAUCUUCUUUGCAAGAUAUUCUCACAAAUGUUGGUGAAAAGAUUGAAUCAGAGUUUGACCCUCUCACUAUGGAUGUUGCUGAGCUUGCUGCAAUGGAGGUUGGCGUCAAUGUUAAGAGGUUACAUUCAACCGAAGGUGCAGAACUUUUACCACGUCCUGCAGUUGUAACAGUGAUGGGUCAUGUUGAUCACGGCAAAACUUCCCUUCUCGAUGCCUUACGUCUAACAUCAGUGGCAGCCAAGGAGGCUGGUGGCAUUACUCAGCAUCUAGGUGCCUUUGUGGUGGGCAUGUCAUCAGGAGCAUCAAUCACAUUUCUUGACACUCCCGGUCAUGCUGCAUUUAGUGCAAUGCGUGCACGAGGUGCAGCAGUCACAGAUAUAGUAGUGCUAGUUGUUGCUGCAGAUGAUGGUGUAAUGCCCCAAACACUUGAAGCCGUGUCCCAUGCAAAAUUAGCUAAUGUACCUAUUGUAGUUGCAAUCAAUAAAUGUGAUAAACCAGGUGCAAAUCCUGAAAAAGUAAAAUUACAGCUUGCUUCUGAGGGCUUGCUGCUGGAGGAGAUGGGUGGGGAUAUUCAGGUUGUUGAAGUUUCAGCGGUUCAAAAGACUGGACUAGAUAACUUAGAGGUAGCUUUACUCCUACAGGCUGAUAUGAUGGACCUUAAAGCACGAUUUGAUGGGCCUGCUCAAGCAUAUGUUGUUGAAGCAAGACUUGACAAAGGACGGGGUCCAUUGGUGACUACUAUAGUGAAGGCCGGGACUCUAGUUUGUGGACAGCAUGUGGUUAUAGGCUCACAGUGGGGAAAAAUUAGGGCUAUUAAAGAUACAGCAGGAAGGUUAACUCAACGAGCAACUCCUGCAAUGCCUGUUGAAAUUGAAGGGCUCCGAGGGCUGCCAAUGGCUGGUGAUGAUGUCAUUGUUGUUCAUUCUGAGGAGCGAGCUAGAAUGCUCAGUUCUGGUAGGAAAAGGAAAUCUGAAGAGGACAGGCUUAGGGGCAAGAUGGUGCAGAAUGUGCCAACUACUUCAGAUGAUUCUGAGGAGGGGGUUCCAAUCAGGGUUGAAAUGCCAGUAAUUGUAAAAGCAGAUGUUCAGGGAACUGUUCAAGCCGUUACAGAUGCAUUGACAACUUUAAAUAGUCCCCAGGUUUCUGUGAAUAUUGUUCAUGUUGGCGUGGGGCCUAUUUCUCAAUCUGAUGUGGACCUAGCACAGGCUUGUGGCGCAUGCAUAGUUGGAUUCAAUGUCAAGAGUCCACCUAUUUCUCUUAGCCAGGCAGCAACUCGUGCGAGUAUCAAGGUGAUUCUGCACCGUGUAAUUUACCACUUAUUGGAAGAUAUAGCCAAUUUAAUAAUUGAGAAGGCCCCGGGUACUUCGGAGACUCAGGUAGCUGGGCAAGCAGAAGUUCUGAAUAUCUUUGAAGUGAAAGGGAGCAAAUCUAAGGGACCUGAUGUGAAAAUAGCUGGUUGUAAGGUUGUCGAUGGUUUUGUGAACAGGUCAGCAACCAUGAGGCUUCUAAGAAGCGGUGAAGUGGUGUUUGAAGGACUUUGUUCAUCUCUUAAGAGAGAGAAGCAGGAUGUGGAUUCUGUGAAGAAAGGAACUGAGUGUGGACUAGUAAUCAGUAACUGUUCCGAUUUUCAGAUUGGUGAUGUUGUCCAGUGCUUAGAACAAGUAGUAAGGAAGCCCAAGUUUGUUAAAUCAGAGAGUGGCGCUGUUCGAAUAGAGUGCUGA